GGCCAGCCGCCAUGGAAGGGGAUGGCCCAUCUGCCGCCGCCUCCGCCUCCAGGUACCAGCCAGCCAGCCCCCCGCGGGACGCCUGUGUCUACAGCAGCUGCUACUGUGAAGAAAAUAUUUGGAAGCUCUGUGAAUACAUCAAAAACCAUGAUCAGUAUCCUUUAGAAGAGUGCUACGCUGUCUUCAUAUCUAACGAGAGGAAGAUGGUACCUAUAUGGAAACAACAGGCGAGACCUGGAGAUGGGCCUGUGAUCUGGGAUUACCAUGUUGUUUUGCUUCAUGUCUCCAGUGGAGGACAGAGCUUCAUUUAUGAUCUCGACACUGUCUUGCCAUUUCCCUGCCCCUUCGACAUGUAUGUGGAGGAUGCCUUUAAGUCUGAUGAUGACAUUCACCCACAGUUCAAAAGGAAAUUUAGAGUGAUCCGAGCAGAUGCAUAUUUGAAGCACUUUGCUUCUGACCGUUCUCACAUGAAAGAUUCCAGUGGGAACUGGAGAGAGCCGCCCCCACCAUAUCCCUGCAUUGAAACUGGAGACUCCAAAAUGAACCUGAAUGAUUUUAUCAGCAUGAAUCCAGAGGUCGGAUGGGGAGCUGUCUAUGCCCUGUCAGACUUUGCGCAUCGGUUUGGCAGUAAAAACUGUUGA